AUAUUGAACGAAAAUUCAUUUGCAUUCGGUCGAACAGCGAACUUUAACUAUUUACAAUCUAGCUUGAAUAUUCUACUGCAGUAAAAGAAAGUCAUGCAGGUCAGUUGAAAAUACUUCAAAAAUGAACUUUUCUUAAUUAUUUAACUUUAGGUUGCUCAACCAAUGGUCCCCCAGCAAAUGGGCUAUGCUAACAACGAAUGGAUACACGGAUUGUGUAGCUGUUUCGAUAACAUUCCAGGAUGUCUAGCCGCUUGUUUCUGCUAUCCGAUAUAUCAAUGUUAUGUAACUUGUCAACUACACGAAGAAGCUUUAUGUUUGCUAGCUGGACAGCCAGCCACUUGGACUGCUGUUCGUGCUCAUAUUCGAGGCAAGUUUAAUAUCCAUGGGAGUAUUUGCGGUGAUUGCAUUAUAAAUCAUCUUUGCCCUUGCUGUGUCCUGUGUCAAGUAAGAAAUGAAUGGGAAUCUCGCCAUAAGAGUGUCGGUGUCGUAAUGCAACAGCAAGCUCCAAUCGUCAUGCAAACAACAACAACUACUACUAACCCUUAAAUAUUGUUAGAUAUAACGCAAUAGAAUUUUAUUGCCAAGAUGAGAUUUAAUAAAACGUAAUGACAAUUAAGACAUUGUAUUUUCGGUUUCAAAUGAACUUUACAUACUUGAACACUUGUAGCCCAAUGAAAGCAAACAUUCUUUUAUAUCCAAGUGAAUACAAACAUUAGAUAUUUAUUCAAUGUUUAGUAUAUAUGUAAAUAUUAAAGAAAUAUUUAAAAGUUUGGUGAAUUUUUCAACUUGAAAAACACUCUAUUAAAUAAUUAGUUAAUUGGUAUUAAAUAGCCUAAGAAAUAUUUGCUCAACUGUGGAUCUCUUUGUUUAGAUUAAUUUAAAAGUUUUUUGAUACAAUAGGCUUUAGAAUGGUUUAGAACAACCUAAAAGCUCAUGCUCAUCGUUUACGUGAUUUUGAUUCAAGACAAUAUCGAUCCUAGUCUCGUCAUAGCUGAGAAUCUAUUUUUAGACAAACAAACAGGUAUAGUUUUUCCAAAGAAUUAGUCAUGAGCUAGCGUUUCAUUGAACUUUUUCAGUCUCCAAAGCGACAAAGUUUAUUGAUUUUCCGGUUUUUGCUUCAGCCACACGUGUAUUAAUAAUAUAUUAAAUACCUGCUCCAAUUUUCAUAAGAAAAUUUUUAAUACACAAAUGAAAAGAAAUAAUAAACAAUUCUAGUUUAAAGAUAUGCUUUGAGAGUUCGUUAAAUCUUUAAAAGCAAUAAACAAUUGAUUAAUUUGAAUCGAUUUCUUUUAUCGCUUAGCUACAUGGUGCUUUUCCAGGUUAUUGAACGCCUAAAACAUAAUUAAAAGAAAAGUUUAAUACUUAUAGUUUAAGUAUAUCUGAAGUUUUUGAAAAUCAAACGUCAAAAAGUUGUAAACGCCGUUGUCGUGUCAAUUAAGAAAUAAUGUAGGCUUAAGAUAAUUUUUGUAUUUGAAGACUUUUAAGGGGUCGAAACCUGCUAACAGAAAUAUUUAGAAUAUAUAUAUAUAGACAUAGAGAAUGGAAGGGACUAUUAAAAAAGUAAUUGUUAAUAUUUCUAGAGCAGAUAUGUAGGCUACAGCAUAAAAAAAUUAUUAAAAUUGGUUAAGUAUUUCUCAUAAAAAAUACAGAGCUUGAAAUAUUUCGAUUGUACCUACUGUAUUGUCUAAAACCUAAUUAAUUGAAAAGCAUUUGGCCAUUCGGCAUGUGAUUAUAAAGCAUUACAGUGUUUUAAUAUUUAACUUUCGUAUUAAAACUAAAUUUGAAUAUUUGUAAUAUUGUUCUUAUAAGUAUCUUUCAACAAAACCUCUCUUAGAAAAAUAACAAUGAUAAAAUGAAUACAAGAUCGCUGUAAUAUCGCCCUUAGGCGCAACACUCAUAAUUCUAAAAUCGAUUAGUAUCGAAUAGAUAAUCGAUUCAAUGCCUAUGUUGGAAUAUUUUGUCGAUUUUAUAUAAAAACCUUUUUAGAAAUACAAACGAUCUUGCUUUCUGAUAAAUC